AUGAGUGGUCCCGCUGCGCCGCUGUGCUGCCUAUAUGCGGACGUGAGUGGUGCCACGGGCCUGCUGUGGGCACCGGCUGCGUGCGGUUUGCAUGUACAGGCCUGUCCAGGCAGUCUCGGAGACGUCACGCGGGAGUGCACCAUCAACGGAUGGGCCGAUGACGAAGACACAUCCACGUGUCUGCAUCUGACGCUGGCAAACAUUGUGCAGAACUUGCUUAAGGCAGACUCGAUCACCCUCCAGACAGUGCUCGAAUUUCUCGAGCAAGCGCGAGCCCUCGUCCUCAAGCCGGCUGCGCUUGGCUCCAUCGACUGGGAAAACAUCAUCUUUGGAUCGUCACACAUUGCGGCGAACGUGGGAGGCCUCUCGCCUGCUGAUCACCACCGCUUCCUGGACGUUUUGGAUGGCCUGCUCACCGCAACCGCAGCAGACACCGUGAAUGCCGGCGCCAUCAAUGCAACAGCAACACUGCGCGCAACGCUUCUCGAUGCAUUUGAUGCCGCAUGUGCAGAUGCGCUCACAUACUCCAACGGCACAUUCGACCACACAACCGUCCUCUUUGCCCACCGCACGCAACACAUUGUGCUUGAGUGCCACAUUGUUGCGCUCAACCAAGAUGGCGAUGUGCUGUGGCAGCCAAGCUACCCCACUGCAGAGCCAUUCCUCCGCCUUCCCUCCCAUUUCCUCUCCGAUCUCCACACGCACGUCAGGCGCUACUCGGCCUCGUCCAGCGCCUUCUCCACAUCAUUCCGCUCCUACUCGCGGUCCAGCAGCAACAGCCUUGCGUCCGGCACAUCACCAUCGGGCGUUACAUCUGUCCUACUGCAGCUCACAUCGCUGCCGUCAUCAGCAUUCAUCUCCCGCCGCGUCAACACAUCCCUCCCCGUGCUCGGUGUCAAGGUGCCUGGUCUUGCUUCAGACUUUACGCGUGGCGACGGGGUUGCGUUUAAGGUGACUGGCCAGGCCGCAGCUCAGCCUGCCCGCGCCGUGUGCGCCUGGUGGUCGGAGGACAAGUGGUCCACUCUUGGCUGUGACACCACCAUCGACAUUGACAACACCAUUCUCUGCAACUGCGAGUCCUUGGGCAUGUAUGGUGUGCUGGCAACAUCAAACGUGGAGGUUCACGCACAGGUGGACGCAUCCACCAACGAUGCACUUGUGCCGGAUCUGUGGACGUUUGUGUUCCUUUCCCUCGCCCUCGUCAUGAACAUCAGCGUCCUCGCUGCUUUCUUGUUUGUUCGCAAAUACUCGGAUUCGCCUCGCCGCUUCAUUGCAGUGCAAGUCACCAUCUCCCAACUCGUCCUCACCAUUGCCGUGCUCGCUGCUAUCACCAAGGCCUUCAACGGCGCGUGCUCCUUCUUUGGGCCAGCGGUUCUGUGUGCAUUCUUCACGCAGUUUGUGUGGCAAGUGGUUGCACUCCGCUUCGUGUACAUUGUGGGUGGCCUUCGCUCCAACGGCUCAGCGCCCAGCAGCACAAGCAUGCUCACCACGGGCUGGGGCCCAGGCUUGCUGCUCCUCAUCAUCUUCGUUGCCAUUGAAUACGGCACAGGCGGUUCCGUCGACCAGUCGAUUGGCGACCAUGUGUGCUGGCUCAAGGGCUCAUUGGUGCUUGGGCUUGCUCACCUGCCCACCACCAUCGUGUUGGUGACGUGCCUGGGCUUCCUUGUCGCCAUGUGGCUGCUGGAUGGAACGCUGUACGACCCGGCUCGAAACCUCACGUCGCUCAAGCCAAGCAUCUGGCCCUCCUUCGCUUACUUCUGCCUCACCACCCUCACCUGGGUGACGAUGCUGUGGGCAUUCGAAGCGCAACAGGAGAAUGCGUUGACGCUCAUGGCAUUCAUCUGGCUGCUGACCAGCGUCUUCUUCACUGUGAUGCAACUCACCGUCGCAAAGAACGAGCUGACCCAACACAAGGACGUUGAGUUUGUGAGCGUGAGCCACGAGCGGGAGAUGCGGCGAUCGCAGAAGCUGGCGGCGCUGGAAUCGCGGGCAGACCAGGUGUACAGGCAGCAGCUGGUGAGGGAGGCUGUCAGGGAACGCUACCUCGGCGUGCACAACUACAGUCGUGCAGACCUCUUUGCGUGCAUUUACAUGCAAGUUGGCUGA